GAUCCUGUCGCCACAUGUCGGCUCUGGAUAGCCUGUAAGACGUUCAAGGACUCGUCAACUUCCUUGCUUUCCCCCCCUCCCCAUUUCCCCCUCCCCUUGACCUCCCCCUUCCCCCUCUCCCCUUUCCCCUUUCCUCGUUCCCCCUUCCUUCUUCCUUUCCCUCCUCCAUUCCCCCUCCCUUUCCCCCUCCCUUUUCCACUCCCUUCCCCCCUCCCUUCCCCACUCCCUUCCCCCCUCCCCGCCCUCCUCCUUUCCCUCUUCCCUUCCCCCCUCCCUUCCCCCUCCCUUCCCCCCUCCCUUCCCCCUUCCCUUCCUCCCUCCCUUCCCCAUCCCUCCUCCCCUUCCUCUUCCCUUCCCUCCUCCCUUCUCUCCUCCCUUCCCUUUUUCCUUCCCUCCUCCCUUCCCUCCUCCCUGCCCUCCUUCCUUCAUCCUCCCUUCCCUCCUGCACAUUUGGCCUUCUCAAACCUUCCUCCUCCAUCCUCCACUCUACGGUCUCCCUUCCUAGCCCAGCUACAUCCACGCAUCAUCCACCGCCCUCCCUCACUGCACCACAAGCCUCUUCCCGUCUCAGCUACAUGGUGA